AUGUUGGUAAAUGGUCAAGCUCAUGGUUUCUUUCACUCAACUAAAGGAGUUAAACAGGGUGAUCCACUAUCACCUGCAUUAUUCAUACUGUCUGCUGAAGUAUUAACAAGGGCUCUUAAUGCAUUAUUUGAUGGUCAAGAUUUCAAACGGUAUAUGAUGCCAAAAUGGAGUUCCAAUCUUAAUCAUUUGGCUUAUGCCGAUGACACCAUAGUUUUUGCAUCAGCUGAUAAAAAAUCUUUGGAGUUAACCAUGUCUACAUUGAAGGCUUAUGAAGAUAGCUCUGGCUGUCCAAUAACUCAUGCAAGGAAGAGGAAAGUUGAUUAUACUGACCUUAUUAAGAAGAUCAGAGAUAAAUUGCAAGCUUGGAAAGGUAAACUUCUUUCACCAGGAGGAGAUUCAUCAGAUUUUGCAAAGUUUUUUUGGUCUAGUAAAGAGGAUGUGAAGGCUAAAUAUUGGGCUGCUUGGUUAAAGAUGUGCUUACCAAUUGAAGAACGAGGAUUGGGAUUCAGGUCUCUUUUUGAUGUAUCCAAGGCUUUGAAUGCUAAAUUAUAG